AAGAUAUGAUUUUGUAGAAACGUGCUGAUCAACGGCGAAGUCAAACAAAACAUUUCAUAAGUAUAAAUUUAUAAGCAUGAAAGCAACAAUUUAGUCGAUAUUUUUGAAGUGAGGAAGAAGGAGACAGAGACGACCCCAUCAAUACCCUUCUCUUAGAUCUCAGAAUCUCUCUUUUGUUCUCUUUUUUCCCACUUCUUUUGGCCAUUCCUGUCUUCCACUUUGGCCUCUUUUUUUGAUGGGAUCCGCCGCCGAAAUCACGGAGCCCACCUCCGGGACCGAGAAGCACCAUCAGCCAGUAGAAGCUGAAGAAGAGGACGAGCAAGUUUUCGAGCUGGAGAGGAAAAUAUCGUCGACAUUUCGUCAUGGAAAGAGACCCGAUAGUGCGGACAGUAGCACUGUCACCAACACCAGCUCGUCUUCUUCUUCUAGCUUUUCCGGUGAUGGCACGGAGGGGAUAAUUCCCGAUUUCCGUAACGGCGACGGAGAGCAUGUCACAGUAGAAAAUUUGGAGGUCCCGGACUCGCCGGAAAUCGGAAUCCACGAGGAGCACGAGGACGGGAGCAGUUGCAACGUCUACUUCGACGGUGAACUAGGCUCUGAGUCAGCUGGUGCAGAGCCUGAUGCUCAUGAGUCCCAGCCCGCUGACCGCUUGAACGGGGAGACAAAGCAUUCAGAAUCUGAUAACGGUUCAGCUUCUGAGGAUAACAAAGGACCACGUGAAAAUGAAAUCGAAGAAGUGCAAGCUGGUGAAGUCUCUAAAUCCCUGGAUGCUGUUGAUCAACCCAUUGGUGAUUUGAUAGUGGAGGAGGAGCGGGAGAUCAAAGAUGUUGACGACUAUGACGUGGAGAAAGUGCUGAAAAACCAAGAGACACAUGACCUGUUCUGUCCAAUCUGCAACUCUUGCAUCACUGAAAGGGUUGUCCUCAAAAGAAGGAAACGGAAGAUCCCUCAUCCGUUACUUCCCAGUGAAGGCGCUGUGUUAGAGAAUCAGUCAAAGCCUCGAGAGGAGGCCACAGGCGAUUCCAAUUGGUUCAGUUCAAUGUUCGGAUUUAAGAAAGAAAAAGCAGCUCCUCGGCCAGGUGGGACAACGUCUAGUGUCCCGGAUGCUAAUUUGCCGCGUGAUAACCUAAAUCUUCCGGGUGAGGAUACCACAGGCUCUGGUUCUACUGCAAAUGCCUCAUCAAAAGCCCCAGCGCUUGUUCAGGAUGCUGCAGCCACUCCGAUUCAAGAGAUCAGUGUUUCUCAAGAUAAAGAGCCUGUUGACACCCCUUUGAUUCAAGUUGCAAACUCGCAUGAUCCAAGCAAAGUUGUCAACAACGGAGCGACUGUUGAAGACGGGCAGAAGUUUCUGGUUCCUAAGGCGGAGGAGGAGCAAACACAGCACAAGACCGACAAGGAUGAUGCCAUUGCAACAGAAGGGAACCACUCAUCAGAGAAAGGACGUCUCUCCCCGAUUCAACCAUCUCGUGACAUGAACAUAUCAAACACAGUGACUAGUGGACCCGAUGGAGUAAGAGUAGAAACUAUAUUUCAUUCUGAAGGUGUGUCUCAUCUGUUUGAAGGAGCAGACGCUAGAAAGCCAGAUUUCGGUCUGACCAAUAUACCAAGUGUGUUGGACACAGGUGGUGAGAGAGGAGUUGUGACUGGUACACCAAGUACCGGAACUGAUGUUCCACCACUCCCAGUGAGUUCGUUGGAAGAAGGGACUCUAAUUAGGGAACCGUUAUUAGUGAGACCAGUUGUUGAAGGGCGUAAACUGGAAAUCUUGAAAAGCAUUGUGUACGGAGGUUUAAUAGAAUCCAUCACAAGCCUCGGUGUUAUCUCAUCUGCCGCUGGUUCUGGUGCUUCCACAUUGAACAUUUUGGUUUUGGGGCUUGCAAACUUGUUCGGCGGGCUUAUUCUCAUUAUUCAUAAUCUCCAAGAACUAAGAGAGGAGGAACCAAGAAGAACAACAACAGAGGAUAACCAGACUAACGGUCAAGAGGAAGGUCGGUACAAGCGACUCCUGGGACGCAGAGAAAAUUUCACGCUUCACGCAACAGUCGCACUCUUAUCCUUCAUAAUCGUCGGACUGCUCCCUCCAAUAGUCUACUAUUUCUCAUUCAGCAAAACACACAACAGAGACUACAAGGUCGCGUCAGUUUUCGGGUCAUCUCUACUAUGCAUCGUCUUGCUCGCCCUAGCCAAAGCUCACGUGAGGAACCCGAGAGGCAGCCACCUGAAGAGCGUUCUGUACUACGCGUUGAUCGCUGUGUCAGUGUCGGGGAUUUCUUACGUGGUUGGUGACUUUGUGGAUCACUUGCUUGAGAAGUACGGAUGGUCUGAUGGAUCCGAAACUCCAGUGGGAGACAUGAUGCUUUCACUUAUGGGGAGAAAGGCCGGUAGCUUCGGAUACUCAUCAUCAUCGUACUGAAACUGAAUCUUGUCUAGAGAAUGAUCCAACCCUCGUACCACUUUUUUCUCUUCCACUCUGCUUUGUGAGCUUUCGUUAGACUUUACGUUUUUGUGGCCAAAUCUUUGUUGUGACUUGCAAGUGUAGAAGUCGUUUCCAAGUGUAGGAAGCACAAAAUAAUCGAUGACGACCACCUGUGCUCUUUUAUUAUUUAGCCAUAUCUCAUCUUCUGCAUUAAAAUUCGAAAAAGUUUCUCUAAAUAAGGUUCUAC